AUGAGCAGCCUGGAUGGAAAAAUUAUUGAACACGAGGGAGUUAAAUAUUUUAAAGAGGAAGGUCAAUGGUACACGACCAUUGGUACUGAAUGGUACCAGACCCUUCCAAUUGCAGAAGACAAAGUGCCCGAUGCUGUCAAAACUCCUAAAAGACCUGAAAAAAUAAACAUUCCGACUGAAAUUCAACUUGAUGUGCUUAAAUGUCUGGACUUUAAUCAAUUAUUAUCUUUUCAAGAAACAAGUUUUUAUUUCAAAAAAUUUAUUGACAAAUACGAGAAGGAAUUGGCAAGGAAGAAAUAUGAGAAGCUUGAAAUUGUAAAUUUUUUUAUAAAUUGA